CGACUCACCUUUCUCUGUGUGCACUUUUCGAUGUCGUAGCUGUUCUCCGUCGCAAAGAGAAAAGUGCGUUCGUCUUUUGCGGAUCUGGUCGUGAAAAUUUGGUGAAAAUGGUGCAAAACAGUCCACUGCCCCGUGCGGUGUGAGACGUGAGGUGGUUGUGGGCAACGGCUGUGCUGCUGCCCAAUAUUCGGCGGAGGUGACGAUUUCACGCAUCUCCUCGGUUGUGGGAACGGCGGGAGUGUGCGAGUGUGGAGGUGCGUUUAGGUAAUUCGAUUGUUCGCCUUGUAGAGCGAUAGCGAGUGCGUGUUCAUUGUUGGAUGUCAAGGAAAAUGCAUUUCCGCCUUGGAUUGAUCUGUGAAUUGUGUGGUGAAACUUGAAAAAAGAAAAUCAAACCCGACACUGCUGUGUUGUCGCUGGGAAAAAAAGAAAAUUGUGCAAAAAAGCAAUCACGUUUGUGUUAGUGUGUGUGUGUGCUUUUUGACGUAGCGUAAACGGUGUCUGUGCGAGAAAAAAUACGUGUAAAACUCUUUCUCCCCACACAUCAACACCGGCGAAAGGUAUCUUUUCCUUUGCGUAAACAUAAUCGAGCGAAGCAAAAACGACAACAGCAAGCGUGCGAAGAGUCAGCGACAGCCAGAAUCAAAUAUGGCCGUUCGUGCGCCAGCAUCAUCGUCGACUUUGCCGUCUGCUCCAUCGCUGGGGACGGUCGGGUCGUCAUAGACCUUUUCCCACCCCCGGGAAACGUACGCGACAGGACAGCAGCGGGAAGGCAGCGUGUUGUUCAGUCACAGUGUAAAAAGAUGCCUCAUCGGUUUCUGGUAGCUCAAUGGAUUCAACGACUCUCGCGUAAACUGUACGACAGCGAAUCCUACUGCAAACUAUUGCCACUACAGUCAAGAUGCAUCUGCAUACGCAAGUCGUCUUGAUAUUAGCCCAGCUGUUCCUCAUUGUACACGUGACGGAUCAGACAAAAUGUGCCCUAACGUCCACGUACGGUACCGUCUCGGUGAGCUACUUCGCGACGCUACCGUCCGCACCGGACGCCGACGCCGAACUGGACGUCGAGGCCGAUGCCGGGCGCCACCGGAUCGACCUGACGCCGCUGGUGCCGACGGCGGACUACUCGCCGCCCCAGUCCGACUAUCCAACCUACAAUGAUGACACCGAAGAUGUAAAUAGCUUUCUCAAGGUGCUGAGCUGCUCCGACACGAGCCUGCGGGCGGUCAACGAGGAGUACCUGCGGCCCGUCAACUCCUACAAGGGCAUUCUGCUGGAGCGCGUGCCAGUGCAGAGCCCGGCCAGCGACCAGCUCGCCCUGAAGAACGAGAACUAUCUCGAGAUGGUGCGCUGGCGGGACAGCAACGUGACCGAUCAGCAGUUCGCCCUCACGUUCGCCCGGGACGGGCGGAAGUUCAGCAACCUGAUGAUACUAGACCUAAGCGCAAACUUACUUAGCACGAUAAGGAGAGACUAUUUUAGCAGACUGGAGCGGCUGAAGCUGCUGCAGCUAUCCGCGAAUCAAUUACACAAUCUUCCGAGUGAUAUUUUCACCGAGCUGCCGAACCUGGUCGAGCUCGACCUGCACGGCAAUCGGCUCGGCGAGCUGCCCCUGCACCUGUUCCGGCCGCUCGGCCGGCUGCGGGUGCUGAACCUCGCCAACAAUACGAUCCACGAUCUUCCGCGCAACAGCUUCGCCGGGCUCGGCAACCUGACCGAGCUGCACCUGGCGCACAACCGGCUGUACGUGGUGCCGUUCCAGGUGUUCAAGGAGCUGCGGGCGCUCGAGGUGCUGGAUCUGUCCAGCAACAUGCUCGUCUCGUUCCUGGACAACUUCUUCCUGCUCAACAAGCAGCUGCGCGUGCUGCGCCUGAACGGCAACAUCAUCGAGAAGAUCUCCAAGAACGCGCUGUACGGGCUGCGCCGGCUCCAGUCGCUCGACCUGUCCGGCAACAAGCUGGUGUUCAUCGACCGGAACGCGUUCGACACGCUGGACGAGCUGCGGUACCUGAACGUGAACCAGAACCAGAUCUACAUCCUGCCGUCGACCGUGUUUUCCGCGCUCCGGUCGCUCCGGUCGCUCGAUCUGAGCAACAACCUGAUGCGCUCGCUGCCGAACUCGAUCUUCGCCAGCCAGCACGCGCUGGUACGGUUGCACCUGGACGCGACCAACCUGGAAACGCUCAGCAACUGGGUGGCGCGCAACAACCACACGGUGAACAAGGAGGUGCUGCGCAGUCUACGCUACCUCUCGAUACGCAACAACACCCGACUGAAGGAGAUCGAGCCGUGCGUGUUCCGCAAUGUGCCGCACCUGGAAACGCUGCUCCUGUCCAACAACAGACUGACCAGCCUGCCGAAGGAGAUUGGCGAGCUGCGCCGGCUGCGCUACCUGGACGUGGGCAGCAACGACAUCAUGUACAUCCCGGAGCAGAUACGCACUCUGCACGAGCUGCAGUACGCCAACUUCCUGGACAACGAUUACGGCUGUGACUGCCACAUGUACUGGAUACUGAGCUGGCUCGACGAGCUGCAGGCGGAGAACAACACGCAAAAGAUUUACGAUCUGCUGCGCCUGUCCGAGCUCAAAUGCCGCAACGGCUAUCCGGGCGACAUUGUGCGCGUGCUGCAGCACAUCAGCUGCUUCAAGCCGGAGCUGCUCCAGUCGUCCGAGAGCCGGAUGCAUCUGCUCAAGUCGGACGCGGUGCUGGAGUGCGUGUUUACCGGCAAUCCGCCGCCGGACAUUAUCUGGAUCACGCCGAAGAACGAGAUCCUGCGGCACAGCCAGGAGCAGGAUCAGAAAUCGCUGCUGUUCGAGGAUGAGCCGGGCGGCGGCGGCGGCAACCGCAAGUACCAGCAGGCGGUCGAAUUCCAGAUGCUCACGAUGGACAACGUAACGGGCGAUGGGCUGCACGAGGGGAUAACGCUGCUCGAGAAUGGCUUCCUGCGGAUUCACAACAUUUCCCGGCGCGACAGUGGGCUGUACACGUGCUACGCUAUUAAUAUCAUGGGCAAUGCCACAGCCGAUAUACGCCUCUACAUCGAUCCAAUCGUGUUCUAUCGCGUCAAGAUCGGUAGCAUCAUUACCGGUGCAAUUUCGGCGGCCGCCUUCCUAGCGCUGACGCUGAUCUUCCAGGGCAUUCGGCGCAUCUUCAUCCGCUUCCACAUCGUCGAUCUGAUCUGCCAGAACUGUUGCAGCUACUGCUACAAGAACGACAAGACGUCGUCGAAGGCGCGCCAGAUCUACGCCAUGCUGGACAACAUCGAACACUACAAGAGCCAGCAGCUGGAGCGGCUGCGCGAUAACUACACGCAACAGGUUCAUCGCAUCAAGGACAACUGUGCCCAGCAGGUCGAUUGGAUACAGGGCAGCUACUCGACGCAGGCGAAACAUUUGCGCGAAAUCCGAGACAUUGGAACGCAUCAUCUCACCACCCUGCGGGAUCAGUACUACGAUCAGGUCCGCCGGGUACGUGACUAUUCCACCGGUCAGCUGACCUGGGUACGCGAGAACUACGUGUUCCAGCGCAACAAGAUCCGCAAGUUCAGUGCCCACCAGGCGCUUCGGCUGCGCGAGGGCUACAAGUACCAGCAGCAGACGCUGAACAAGGUGCUGGAAAAUCUGCCCAGCUUCUACUUCGAGAACUGCCGCGGCCGCAACGAAGAGGACGAAGAUUUCGAUGGUUUUGAGGUGUAUCUGAAGGCAAAGAUCGAGAAGCUGUCCCAGAUGGAAGGCAACGAAGUGCCACCAACGAAGGUGCUCGUCGGCUCGGACUACGCGCUCAAGUAUCUGGAGAACUUCUCCACCAAGAGCGUGGACGAGAGCAAAGCGUCCGUGUACUUUACGCCGAACGAUGACGAGCCGGCCACGCCCGAGCCCCAGAUAUCGCCCAUCCACAUCAACUACCUAGGCGGCCGGCCACCAGCGGGCCUCGAGCACGACGAUGAGGACGAGGCCAUGGGCGGUAUGGGCGCCAGCAAGUUGCACCUUGGCGCUGCUGCCCUAGCGAUGAACGUCAGUCACGCCGACACGCCGAAAUCGUUCAAAUCCGUCAUCGCCGGCAGCGGGGACAUUCCGCUGAAAUCGAUCAUGAAGCCGACGACGCGCUUCAUGUACGACAAGCAUCUCGGCAAGUACCGGCUGUGCCAUCAGCAGCCGAACCGGCUGAGCGGUGGGUAUGCGGACGAGGACGAGCUGGCGGUAGGGCCCGAGCUUGGGCUGACCGUUGCCAGCCCGCUGCUGCUCGGCUUGGGCGGUGCGGCAGUAAAGGGUGGCGCCGGUGGCCCCGUCGGCUACGAGGCGGCCGCCGCCUCCACCCUGCUCGACGGUGUCGAUUCGGCCGACGACGAUCAUCACAACUACAGCCUUAAGAACAAUCGCAAGCACCGGCGCAAGAGGAAACUGCUGCUCGGGCCGUCGCACGGGAGCGGUAGCGGCGGUGCCGGUGGUUCCGGCAGUGGCGGAUCCGGUUCGGCCAGUGCCUGCGAGUACGAGACGCUGCUGAUGAAGAAUCUCAGCCACGAUCCGCGCGAAUCGCACUACAAAAUCAUCCACAUCAACAAGCUGAACAAUGGCGUGAGCAACAGCAACUACUUUGGCGGUAUGCUGGGCGGUGCUGGCACGUCGGCCUGCGACAGUGGUUGGCUGGCGGGCCGGGCCGUUAGCCGGCGGCACCAUCGACCGACGGCGGCGGCCACUGCGGCCGUAGCCACCUCGACGCUUACGGCGGGCGAGAACGAUUAUUACUACUCGCUGGAGGAUAUGAUACAGGAUAGCAAUCAGAAGAUACGCCAGCUGAUCUACGACUCCAAGAUCGACAUUAUGAACGAGGUGAUCAACACGGGAGGAGCGGGCACCAGCGGCAGGGGGGAAACGUCCGGCAGAAGGGGCGUGACAGGUGGUGGACGCGCUCGAAGCAACGGUGCCGGUGGGAACAACAGCAAGAGCAUCAACAAUAUCGAUGGUGCGGGAAGUUCCGGCGGCGGCGACGGUGGUAUGGCCAAGGGAGCGCAGAGUAUGGUGGGACUGGGGCACGGUGCCGCCAACAUUCCGAACGACGAGUACGAUCUGUGCAGCAGCAGCAGUAGCAGCAGCCGCAACAACAGCUACAGCACCAACGCUAGUCGGGACAGCUACAAGCAGCAGCAGCCGAAACAGUCGCAGCAACAUCAACCGCAUCGAAGCAACCAACACCAGCAUCAGGCACGGCAGGCAGCGGCACCGACCGACACCAUGGUAACGAUCGGCGGUGGCUCCACGUCCGGCUCACCGCCAACCGGUGCACCGACGACCAUCUCUCUCGCUGCCGGGGGUGGCAAUGCUGCAACGAAUCACCAGCAGCACCACCCGGUGAAAAAAAUGCUCCACAAGCUGCACUUCGAUUCCAGCACGAACCGCAUCCAGCAGAGUACCAGCCUGCCGGAGAUUUAUUUCAACGCGGGCGCACCGCCGACCGACCCAACCGGCGCCAGCAGCCGUAUGAAUGGGGCGACCUCGAUGGCCGAACCGGCACCGCCGGGCAUGGGCUCGCCCAACCAAACCGGCUCCACCAUAUCGUCCAACUUUUCGAGCGCAUCCGGCUCGAUCGGCGGAAGACCGGAGGAGCCAAUUGGAGGUGCUGGUGGUGCCCAACCGGCGCCGAAAGUGCGCGGUGGAAAGCAUGUGAUUUUAGCGGUAGAGAACAGCAAGGAGACGGCCGCACCGAACAACAGCUGGCAGUCGACCGAUCAAACUAAUGGGGGCGGCGGCGGCGGAGGCAACAGCUCGUCCAAGUCGUCCUCUCCCUCGCCGGCUUCGUCAUCGUCGUCGUGCGCCUCCCCAUCGCCGCCCGCGUCGCCUAUCGAGUCAAAUAUCAAUAUUAAUGGUAAUGGUAGUAUUUGUUGAAAAAAGCAGCACGAGAAAGCAGUAAUGAGGUAAUUCGAGGAGGGGGAGAAAUGGGCACUGCAGGGUUUGCUCUUGCACUGGGGCGCGACACAUUGCACAUCCAAGCAGGCGGCGGCUUAAGUGGGAGCAAAAGGGACACUUGCAAAGGAAAAUUUCAAAACCAUUCUCCCAAACCGUACCAAAAACAGCAGAACACAGGAUCGGAAAGAGCAUAUCGAGCAAGUACUGUAUAACAAACACACACGAAAGGAUGUUACAAAAGUUAUACCAUUCGAAGGUAUCUCUUUUUAGGUCGUUUAAAGACGGCAUCCUGUUUAGAUUAGCAGAAGGUACGGGAGAGUUCGCGCACGCAGCCAGCCAGCACACAGCCUCAUCAACCCGUAACAUCCCAUUUCAACUUUGUCAAUUGUGUGUGUGAAUGUGUGUGCGUGUGUUGAUUGUCAUUCGAGGUGUAGCACCCAUCACCAGACUAAUUCGAGUUACCAUUGCAAUGCGGUUGAAAUAUAUGCUGAAGUGAGGCUGGCGAGCUAGUUCUAAAAAGCCCCCGCGCCAAUGGAAGGUUUAGUAGUUUGCUUGGAUGAUGUAGCCCGUUUUAAAGUGUGUAGCUUCAUCACUUCUCCCUCCCUUGACGAGAUUAGUGUCUAUGUGUGCGUGUGUGUGUGUGUGUGUGUGAGAGAGAGAGAAAGAGAGAGAGAGAGAGAGAGAGAGAGAGAGAGAGAGAGAGAGAAGGUGUGUAUGCUCCUGUUGCGUUGUUGCUGGGUUGUGUCAAAAUAGCAACACACACUCUGGUCGGGGUUGCUGCAACUGAAGAAAAAAUGGCAAAGCAGCGCAAUUAUUCUAUCAACAACAGUUGAAAACCACAAUAUCCAUUUUCUUACUGGGUUUUCCAGGAGUGCUCAUAGCUGUGAGACACUUUAUUUACUCCUUCUUACGUGAAAUGAACUUAAUGUAAUGGGAAUUGGACUCUAUAGCACCCUUGAUGGACAAAUCCAAUAGGAGCCUGUCCAAAACGGUUGCUAUAGAAUCCAAUUUCCAUUAUAUGAAGUUAAUUUCCCAAUAAGAAAGAAUCAAUGAAGUGUUCUACACCUAUGUGAACCACUGGAAAAUCCUGUAUUGUGCUGUCCUCCCUAUUGCCCAACACACAAACACACACACAAAAGGAUGAAAAAAAGCCACAGCUCUAACCCAAUGCAAAGUUGCAAUUUGUGGAAGGUGAAAGAUAAUACUAUCAUUAUUAACUAUGAUUACGAUUCUAUACAUAUACAUACUUAUAUAUACACACACACAAACAAAAAUCACACACACAUAUUUACAUAUAUCUCUGUUUAUAAUUACUAGGAAAAAAAGAAAAGAAGAAAAUCAUACAAACAAACAAAUAAGGGUGAAAAAUGAACGGCACGCGGGCGCAGUGUGGUGUACGUGCUGAAAGUGAUAGAAUUUCAAAUCUGGGAUCUGGGCUUACAAAUAGUAGAUUACAAUUAUGACACCUUAUAGAGGCGGGAUGGGCAAAUAUGUAUAUGUGUGUGUGUAUGUGGUGUGUGUGUGUGUAUGUAUGGGAGGGAAUUGAAAUAAUACGAAUAUAAUAAUAAUAAUAAACGGUACAGGGAGGAGAAACGCGGGCAUAUUCGGAUCGAGGGAACGAAUACAAGGGAGAACAGGGAAGAAGGGGUGGGAAAGCAAUUGGAAACAGGGAAACACACACACACACGCACACUCACACGCAUGUACACACAUACGGUUGAGUGGAGAGAGAAAGAGGGAUAAUAAAGGAAGGGAAAUAGAGAGAGAGAUUGAAAAAAUCACUACAGGCGAGCAUAAUAUGUGUUACGAAGCAGAAGAAGAAGAAGAAAAAAAACAAAAGAAAUGGAUAUGUAUUAGAUCUUUUCAUAUAUAUAAAUAUAUAUUAAUUAGAGCUCAUUUUAGCACUCAAGAAGAGAAUAGAGAAAAGGGAAAAGGGGAAAGAUGCUGAAAUUUAAUUGAAACACACACACACUCACUUACAACAUAUUAACAUUGCCCACAGCCGGUUUACUUCAACUUUCUUUGCUUCAAUAGAUUGAAAGAGAGAAUGGCAGAGUGUAGAAAGGUGUAAAAAAAGGAGAAAAUAAAACAGUAAAAUGUUACAGAAUGUGUUAUAAAAACAUGAAGACAAUGUGUACCACCCACACACCACCAUCCGGUAUAAUUAUCCAUACACCACCACCUCCCCUUACCUAUCAUUUGGCAACACAACACGAGCGCAACAAGUCGAUGGAGAAAACCCAGUUUUGUAGACACAGACACUCCGUGAAACAGUAAUGGAACAGAGAAAGAGAAUGUUAUAAGACACGUGCGUUAAAGUGAAAUUUAAUAAAUGCAAAGGAAAUCAAUGUUGAUUCUAGUUUAAAAGAAACAGCAACAUAAAUACUAACGAAUACGCUUCAACAAUACACAACACAACAAGACGAAACAAGAGGAGAAACUAAGAGAACGACCGAGCAAUUAAUGAAAUCGCACAUUGGUUGAUAGGACCUUUAAUCAUACGACUUUUACUACUAAUUAUCACACAAACAACACAAACUACUACUACUACUACUACUACAAGUACUUCUUAUUCUACUUCACUGACAUUAAUGGGAGAGUAACUAAUAAUUAAAAAAUACUAUUAUUAUCACUUUAUUGAUUUAGCUGCCGGAUGGUUUUCAAAAUUGCUGCUGUGAAGUGAGAGACACAUAUGUGGGCGACGUUUGUGUUUAUGUGUGUGUGUGUUUAAGAUUGGACGAGAUUUAGUUGAAAGGGGGGGAAUAAUUUGCAAACAAACUCAUAGCUGGAGUGUUCUGUUUGGUGGGUGGGUAUAGGCAAGUGGGUUAUUAAAUUAUCUCGGCAAAACAAAACAAAAAAUGUGAAAACUAUAUUCAUCUUCAACGAGGGAAAAAAUGUUUUCCAGCAAAGCCACAGCCACAAGUGGAAACGGAAAAUCAGAUGAUUAAUUUGAGACACAAAAUAAAAUUACAACUAUGAAGUAAA